GGAAGUCUGCUUGCUAGCCUUUAUCGGAAGCUUACCCCAACGACAGACCAAUAGUCUUUCUUCUUCGCUGAGGAAAACUCAAUUUCCUGCUUUAACUCAACAAAAAACUCGAUUACAUAUUAGAAUGAUUUGUAUCGGAAGAUUACCCCAAGCCCUUUAGCGGAACACUGGCUUGCUCACUCGCUUUGGCUUUUAUCAAUCUGCGUUUUCUUCCUUUUGGCUGAGGAAAACUCGAUUUACAUAGCUUUUCUAUUCAUUUGAGUGUUCACUUGUUGUCUGCUGUUUUACCUCGCUCCUUUUCCAAAUUCAUACGUUUUGGCUUAUCAACAACAUUGCUUUUGACUCUAUUGAUACUUGGGUCAAUAGAUUCAAAUUGUAUUUGCUAUUACCCUUGUUGGUUCAGAAAAGAAGAUGGUUGGAGUUAUUUUAGGCAUGCCAGGACCUUGGGCUGAUGAUAUCUAUGAAGUAUCUGAUCAUUAUACCACAAAAAUUGGUGGACUUCCAGAUUGGCCUGUUUCAGUUAGCAUGAUAAAGUCUCAUGUUCUUGAGUGCAGUUUGUGUAAAAGCAAUCUCUGUCACCUUGCACAGGUUUAUGCUCCUAUCUCAAGAAAGGGUGCCGAAAUUGAAGAACGGAUAAUUUACAUUUUUGGUUGUGUUGCACCAGAAUGUGGGAUCACACCUGUAAGCUGGAAAGCUCUACGAGUUCAAAAAUUUGUCAGUGGAGAAGGGUCAAAUGCCCCCGAUGAUGAUACUGUCCCUUUACCUACAUCUUAUUCUACAUUGAAUAAUGACUGGAAAAAGGAUUUGUUGAGUUUUGAUUUUGCUGAAGAGGAAGAUGGUGAAAAUGAUAUAGACUUGGAAGAGUUGAGUAGGGCAUUUUCUCAAGCGGCAAGCCUGGCUUCUCACUCCAAGAAAAAAGUUCGAGAUCAUGGACAUAAUGCAAAACCUGUUGCAUUGGGCCAAAAAUCUAGGGUGAUUGAUGAAAAAUUACCUGUGAUGCCUUGUUUCUAUAUAUAUGCCGAGGAGGAGAUAUUCCCAAAACAGAAUAAAAAAACACUGCCUUUUAUCAAUGAACAAAAUGUUGAUAACACAAAUGAUGAAGUUUGGGAAGAGGAGAAAUAUGAAUACGACAGAGCACCGAAUGCAGACAGGAUUUACCUUAAAUUCAAAAAGCGGCUGGAUGCAUAUCCAGAGCAAUGUUUCAGAUACUCAUAUGGUGGAAAGGAAUUAUUAGCUUCUGCAGAGCAGAGUGAUCCUGAGAAAUGCAGGUUGUGUGGUGGAUCUAGGCACUAUGAAAUGCAGUUGAUGCCCCCACUGUUAUAUUUUUUACAUGAAGCUACUGGAAAGAAGUUGAAGCAAUGUCUGGAUAAAUGGAACUGGAUGACUUUAAUUGUCUACACUUGUUCCAACAACUGUUCAUCUGAAGGAAGCUGCGGAAAAGACGGGUGGACAGUAGCAGAGGAAGCCAUUGUUGUACAGUAUGAAUAGAUAGAAUGAAAGCACUGAAUGUGGAGGCAUUGAGCCAACAUACACAUGCACUAUCGGCUAGGAAGGAGAGUCGUUUAUCGGUCUAUGGCUCCACAAGCAAAGUGUGAAUUUGAUUUUGGGAUGGAAGUAGUAUGAGACUAUGAGUACCGGUGCUGAAAUUUGUCUUUUUAGUACUCCUAUUAUUACUGGUUUGACACUUCGGUGCAUUGUGAAUUAGUGAGGCCUUGAUCUCUUGGACGGAAUUUUGCUGGACUUGAUUAAAGCCUGAUUCGGUCUACUUGAAUUAGGCAUACAUCUCUCUGGCGUAGUAAUUAUUAGUCUUAAUACUAUGUACUUAAUUUCAGUGUACUGUGGCUCAUAUUUAACAUGGACCCG